GUGACUGCUGCCCUCGCUGUACGCCGCGCCUGCCUCAAUUGCACCCGCCGCUGUUGCAUCUGAAGUCGCGCCUGCCUGAUCCGUCACGCGUGUCCAUUGCGCCUUCCACCGCUCACCUCCACCGCGCCCAAGCCUCACAUCGUUACACGACUUGGCGGUCGUCUCCCAGUGACGUGGACGCCAACAAAUCACUGAGCAGUCCGCCAGCGCACACACACCCUCGAAGCUGGAAACUGCCCCUGCAGCCAGCCGAAUAAACAUGUCGUCCACCCCGCCGAAGAAGGACGGUGUGGAACCACCUCAGUCGCCUGACGACGACCAACAUAUGGACAGGAACGCUGAGGAUACACAAGCGCAAGGACUCGGGUACGAAUUCGAGGUCAAGGAACAGGACCGAUGGCUUCCAAUCGCAAAUGUCGCCCGGAUCAUGAAGACGGCCCUGCCCGAAAACGCAAAGAUCGCGAAGGAGGCCAAAGAAUGCAUGCAGGAGUGUGUGAGCGAGUUCAUAUCGUUCAUCACCAGCGAGGCUUCCGAGAAAUGCCAGCAGGAGAAGCGCAAGACCGUCAACGGCGAGGACAUCCUCUUCGCCAUGACAUCGCUAGGCUUCGAGAACUACUCGGAAGCACUCAAGAUCUACCUGUCUCGGUACCGCGAGACCCUCCUUGCAAACCAGAACAAGCCUACCGGCCCAUUCGGUGCUCCUGGGGCCAGCGCCAACGCGGCCGGCGGAGAGAAUGCCCAGCAACAUGUUCUGAGCGGCGAUCAAGAUAUGGCCGAAGGCGGUGCUACGGCUUUCGGUUACAGCGUCCACAACGGCAAUGGCAAUGGCAACGCCGACUACUAGGACGAGUCACGCCAGGCCCAGAUGGAGGAAGCCAAGGGUAUUCUGAAGGAAUUGGACGAAGUGAAGAAGAAAGAAGUAAACGAAGCGGUCGAGAAGUGUUGAAGAUUGGGAACUUGACGAACCAAUUCAGAUUGUGUAAGGAUGUGCAGUUGGCGAAUAAUGUGCGUGUUUUGGGCGGAAUCUUGGAUUUGACUGGGAUGGACACUUGGUCCGCGAAACCUCAGGUGCAGGAGGGACGGAGUAUGGCGAGUGUCGAAUCGGCUUGGGAUAGCCAAUGUCCGGAUAGGUAUCUUCUCCCUAGUUGGGAUAUUGUAUUAGAACCACUGGUUGCUCACGCA